UAAUCGCAUUGAAGAAAGACUAAGUUCUCAUCUCUGUUUCAUGUUUUUGAUAGUUAGGCACACUUUGACUGCAAGAAGUAUACAUAGUCCCAAAUAACGCUUUUGCAUGAUGGCGCUUUUGCAUGUUCUUGCCGUUUUUCUUCUCCUAUCACAUCCUUUUGCUGUGGCAAAUGCAAACUCUGAAGGUGAUGCGCUGUACGCGUUCAGAAGAGCUGUGAAAGACCCAAAUAAAGUUCUACAGAGUUGGGAUCCAACUUUGGUGGAUCCAUGUACAUGGUUUCAUGUUACCUGUGAUGAUGAUAAGCGAGUUACCCGACUAGACCUCGGACACGCAGAACUAGCAGGCCAUUUGGUUCCAGAGCUAGGGAGGCUCCAGCGCCUUCAGUUUCUAGAAUUGUACAAGAAUGAUUUGACGGGUCCUAUACCAAAGGAACUUGGGGACCUUAAGAACCUUGUUAGCUUGGGUCUCUACCAGAACAACCUCACUGGCUCCAUCCCUGCCACCCUCUCCAACCUCUCAAACAUCAAAUUCUUACGACUCAACAGCAACAAGCUCACUGGAAGAAUUCCGAGGGAACUUACUAAAUUGGGAAACCUCAAGAUCCUAGACCUUUCAAGCAAUGAUCUGUGUGGUACGUUCCCCACAUCUGGCUCCUUCUCCAAGUUCUCUGAAGAAAGUUUCAAGAACAAUCCAAGACUGAAAGGCCCAGAAUUAAUGGGAUUCGUCAGAUAUGAUAUUGGAGGAAGCUGUAAAUGAACGAUUAUAUCUAUCAAAUAACGACCAGGAGGAAGCCCAUCCUCGUGCCAAUGGCGGGUCAUAGGCUAUGUUUGUUUUUCUUAUAUCCGUUUCAAAAUUACUUGCUUGUACCAAAUUACCAACAUUAUGCGAGUAUGCGUUCGAAUUAGGACCUUGGUAAUCCUUUUCUUGGUUUCCAGAUCUGUACAGUUAGUACGGAUGGUUUGGGAUGUCUAUUUGUAAUAUAGAUAGAUAGAUAGAUAGAUAGAUAGAUAUAGACAUAGGUUAAUAUUAAUGAUAAUGAUACUAAUUGAGGCCGAUCAAGUUUGGGUAAAUAGACCAUCCACAAAACCAUAAGAGUGCCUAUUUGGAUGAUCGAAACCAAUUUUGCUAGUCCAGUGAUGAAAAUGCUAUGGUACAUGAUCCAAACUAAUUUUAGCAGUUCC